AUGCUCACGUGCAUCGCGUGCUCCAAGCACCUCCCGGGCGGCGCGCCGCCGCUGCGCGAGCCGCCGGAGGAUGACAACGACGACAACGACGACCACGCCAUCGCUGGAGGUGGGGGUGAAUCGGCGACGACGCCCGGCACGAGGCAGGCCGUCAAGUCGCUCACCGCCCAGAUCAAGGACAUGGCGCUCAAGGCGUCGGGCGCGUACCGGCACUGCAAGCCGUGCGCCGGCUCGUCCUCCCCGGCGGCGUCGCGGCGGCAGCAGCCGUACUACCACGGCGCGUUCGCGGAGUCCGGGUCCGACCGCUUCCACUACGCGUACCAGCGCGCCGGCAGCUCCGCAGCAUCGACGCCGAGGCUGCGCACGGGGGGCGCGAUGUCCAGCGGUGACGUCACGCCGUCGGUCAGCGCGCGCACCGACUUCCUCGCCGGCGAUGAGGACGGGGACGAUGAAGAGGAAACGGCGGCUGGCAGCAGCGAGGAGGAUGAGGCGAAGGAGUGGGUCGCCCAGGUGGAGCCCGGGGUGCUCAUCACCUUCCUCUCGCUGCCGCGCGGCGGCAAUGGUCUGAAGCGCAUCCGAUUCAGCCGUGAAAUGUUCAACAAAUGGCAAGCACAAAGAUGGUGGACUGAAAAUUACGAGAAGGUCAUGGAGCUUUACAACGUUCAGAAGUUUAACAGUCAAGCUGCUCCUCUGCCAAGCAUUCCAAGGUCUGAAAAUGAGAGCUCCAAAGACGAUAACCCAGCUACAGCUCCGCUUAACAAGGGGCAACUACUGCAUACUUUGCACAGACCACUAAAAGGUAGUGGAGCCAUAGGAUAUUCAUCUUCAGAUUGUCUUCAGCACCAACCCAAUCAUCUUGGCAACGUUUACCACCAAGACCGCUACCUUGGGCACCAAUGCUGUGAUUCAGUUGGACUGGCAUCAACGCCUAAGUUAUCAAGCAUUAGUGGAGCAAAGACAGAGACUUCUAUUGAUGCAUCAGUGAGGACAAGUUCAUCUCCUGAAGAGGUCGAUCGAUCAGGUGAACUUUCAGCCUAUGUUAGCAACGCAAGUGACCAAGAGAGGGAAUGGGUAGAAGAGGACGAGCCUGGCGUGUAUAUUACUAUUCGAGCUUUGCCUGGUGGCAUCGGAGAACUACGUCGCGUCAGAUUCAGGUUUGCUGUUUUCUGCUUAUGA